UGGGAAUUGGCCACUAAGAAACUUCAUAGUUCGUUUUCCAUCUCUGUUUCUCUUUCUUCUCUAAUUAUUGAGGAAAUCCACCGAUCGAAGUUGUUCAAAUCGUGGGUGAAAGUUUUGAGAAACUAAAAUGGCGUCCACAUUCAGCGGCGAUGAAACUGCUCCAUUCUUUGGCUUCCUUGGGGCCGCUGCUGCUCUCGUUUUCUCCUGUAUGGGAGCGGCGUACGGAACGGCCAAGAGCGGUGUCGGAGUGGCGUCGAUGGGAGUGAUGAGGCCAGAGCUGGUAAUGAAAUCGAUCGUCCCCGUUGUUAUGGCUGGUGUUUUAGGUAUUUAUGGGUUGAUUAUUGCGGUUAUUAUAAGCACCGGGAUUAACCCAAAGGCCAAAUCUUACUACCUUUUCGAUGGUUAUGCUCAUCUUUCCUCUGGUCUCGCUUGUGGCCUAGCUGGUCUCUCUGCUGGCAUGGCUAUUGGAAUCGUCGGCGAUGCUGGCGUUAGAGCCAAUGCCCAGCAACCAAAGCUUUUUGUCGGAAUGAUUCUUAUUCUCAUUUUUGCGGAGGCUUUGGCUCUGUAUGGACUCAUCGUUGGCAUCAUCCUCUCUUCUCGAGCUGGACAAUCCCGAGCAGAAUAGAGUUCAAGGUUCUAAGACUUGGGCUGUUGCUAGUUGGUGUCACUCAGCUUUCUCUUCUCCAAUAGCAUGCACUGUGAAACAUUUUUCCAGAAGUUAUUUUGCAUCCAUUGAUGAAUUUCUUGAAUUGGUUUAUGCUGUUUGUAUGAUUGAGAAGAUAGGUGUAAGUUGAAAUAAACCUUGUUUUGCAUUUUCUUUUUUAAUCUAUGCCUUUAGGCUGUAAUUUACAUGUAAGUUGAAUUUAAUGUAUGAUUGCUCCACUUUUUUCAGUUCA